AUGGAUGGUUGUAUAGUUAAUAAUGAUGUAAGAAUUAGAUCGCAUAUUGUCGAGACGUACCGAGGACAUGAACAAGAGGUUUGUGGGCUUAAAUGGUCGGCCUCAGGCCAACAAUUAGCAAGUGGAGGAAAUGAUAACCUACUCCAUAUAUGGGACAAAUCAGUGGCAUCUUCAAAUUCACCAACACAGUGGCUUCACAGGCUUGAAGACCAUACAGCUGCUGUAAAAGCCCUUGCUUGGUGUCCUUUCCAGGGCAACUUGCUGGCUUCUGGUGGAGGCAGGGGUGAUCGGUGCAUAAAGUUCUGGAACACUCACACGGGUGCAUGCCUGAAUUCGGUUGACACUGGCUCUCAGGUUUGUGCUUUGCUGUGGAACAAGAAUGAACGAGAACUGCUUAGCUCACAUGGGUUUACUCAGAAUCAGCUUACUCUUUGGAAAUACCCAUCAAUGGCUAAAGUUGCAGAACUCACUAUGAACAACUUUAGCCCAGAUGGUUGCACCGUAGCAUCGGCAGCUGGUGAUGAAACGCUGAGAUUUUGGAAUACUCAGCAAAAGUCUCAAAUAUGUGCAAUGCACAUACGACAAUAUCAAUCCAUAUUCUUUCUACAAUUCCCCUGUAUAAACACUGCUAGAAAAUAG